GCCACACACACUGCAGCUAUCUACAGGGAGCACAGAGCACAGAGCUGCAGCCAAACAAUACUCUGUGGAGAUAAAUACAGUAAAAGGAAUACAAUGAUGAAGGUCAGCCUGUCAAGUCUGAUAACAUGUCUACUGCUGAGCCAUGCAGUAACAAUGUCAUCCACCAUCACCAAUAAGAGCACUCCCCAAAUCCCCACUAGCAAAAUCUUCAUUAGCUCACCUAGCACCACCAGCCUGUCACCUAACACCAGCAACACCACCAGUCCAUCAGCUAACACCAGCGACACCACCAGUCCAUCAGCUAACACCAGCAACACCACCAGUCCAUCACCUAACACCAGCGACACCACCAGUCCAUCAGCUAACACCACCGGCAGCAACACCAUCAGUCCAUCACCUAACACCAGCAACACCACCAGUCCAUCACCUAACACCAGCGACACCACCAGUCCAUCACCUAACACCACCGGCAGCAACACCAUCAGUCCAUCACCUAACACCACCGGCAGCAACACCACCAGUCCAUCACCUAACACCAGCAACACCAUCAGUCCAUCACCUAACACCAGCGACACCACCAGUCCAUCACCUAACACCAGCGACACCACCAGUCCAUCACCUAACACCACCGGCAGCAACACCACCAGUCCAUCACCUAACACCAGCAACACCACCAGUCCAUCACCUAGCACCACCACAAGCAACACCACCAGUCCCUUGCCUAACACCAGCAACACCAUCAGUCCAUCACCUAACACCAGCAACACCACCAGUCCAUCACCUAACACCAGCAACACCACCAGUCCAUCACCUAACACCAGCAACACCACCAGUCCAUCACCUAACACCAGCAACACCACCAGUCCAUCACCUAACACCAGCAAGACCACCAGUCCAUCACCUAGCACUGCCACCAGCAACACUAUGAGUACCACCACCAGCACCACCUCCAGAACCACCACCAGCCCAACCCAAAGCACAACACUGGAACAGGAGGGACACAAGUCUGAAGCUCUGAGCUCAGGAAGUGUUGCAGCCAUCGUUAUUCUGUUCAUUGUAAUUGUCAUCGUAGUGUUAGGUGGGCUGUACUACUUCAAGAUCCGACGUAGAUCCUACGGCCCUCUACUGGACACCGACUUCAACACUUUCGAAAACUUCAGCAACCCCAUGUAUGACCCCUGAAUCUCCGACACUGGAGGUGACCCCACAAAGUCCUCAGUCUGAUCAGUGUUCUUAUAUGUGUGUGUGUGUAAUGAUUUCAGGACAAUCACAUUUUAUUACUGUGAUAUGCGGCUUGGUAUCUUGAUUACACUCAAUUGCGAAACAAAUGUGACGUUUCUCUUGAUCUUUGGUCAAGUAGCCUCAAUUUUAAUUCACUGGUAAACAUGAGAGAGCUCUGGCUGCAUAGACACAGAGCAUAGUCAUAUCAGAAUAACUGAAGUGACAAAACAACCCUGUUUAUCAAAGGUAACGUGAUUCUCACAGGAUAUUUGUACAUAUUGGAUGAAAAACAUAUUUUUGUACAAAGAGAGGUGGAUUACUGUAUCUGAACUCAAACAGGAUGUUGAGUAAAACUGAAGAAGACCUGACAAUGAAGCAUAAAAAUUUACACAGUCUGGAAACAACGAUGGAAAAACUAGAACAACUAAUUGAGCUGAUACUGCAGCAAAGUGCAAAUCAUGCACAGUAGAUACAUCAUGACUUUUUUCAUCAUUAAUUGUUCCUGCUGAGAUACUUGCUCCUGAUUUAAACUAUGGAAUGAUGAUUUUCCUGUCAGAAAAGCAGAUGUUCAGUUAUUCAAGUUUUCAGUCAUCAACUUAAAUGUACCCGGUGAGACAAAACCCGAGGCUUAGAGAAAACUCAUCAAAUUUCCUUUUAGCUUUCACAGAUCAGGAGGAGGUAGAGUUAUGUUGUUGAAGGAAACUGAAAAAAAGAGCUGAAAAGGUUGGCGAGGACAGUGUCCUUGAGCAAAACAAUGAAUCCCCUGCUGGUUAAAGUGCUGAUCAGCUCCUGACUAUUUAAAGUUGCGUUGUCAGUAUUGAAUGUUUAAUUGAAUGUUGUUGAAUGUUGCUUUGCAGCUCAUCAAGGCUGCAUUUCUGAUUGUAAUUUUCAUUUCUUUAGUACUUAACACAGUAUUGUUUGACUGUAUUUAGAUAGAAGAAUAAUGUGACAGUAUUUUGACAUUGUAUUGUAUUGUAUUUUGUACAUUUAAGUGAUAAAACAAUGAUGUGAGUGACUGUGAUGGUCAUAAGAGAAACUUUAAGGUUGGUGCUGUAUAUGCGCACUGAUAUGAGUGAUAUGAGAUGAAUGGCACACACAAGCAUUUAUGUGACCUUUAGGGAUGAAUUUGUAUGUUGGUCAGCUGGUCCACCAUGAAAUAUGCCAACAACUAGAGGAUGGAUUCCCAUGAAAAUGCAUACUGACUUUCAUUGUGCCCAUAGGGUUCAUCCUUAUGAUUCUGAUGAACCCCUGACUUUUCCUGUAGCACUACCAUGACGUUCAUGUGGCUCUGUGACUUGUCUCCACCUGGAGCAGCCAUUUAUGAUCCCGGGAGAAUCACUUGCUUGUACUUUUGUGACUGUAAUAAUUGUAAUAACUAUGGAGAUCCUCCUCCACUUUUCAUCUAGUGCCAAAAUUUCACUUUGUCCAAAAACUUUAAUAAUAUAUGUUAAUGAUUAAUAACGUUAGCAUGCUGACACACUAAACUAAGAUGGUUAACAUAGUUGACAUUAUACAAGCUUAUUGUUAGCACAAUAGCACUGUCAUUGUGAGCAUGUUAGCUCAAGUUAGCAUUUAGCUAAGCACAGCUGUUCCUAAGUACAGCCAUAUGGAGCUGCUAGCUCUAUACUCAGUUUUCUUGUGUUUGGGCUCAUGUGGGUUUGUUUGUUGGAUUUUGAUAACAAGAACAAAAGUCCAAAGCUCUGUUAGCGGCUUUUGUGCGGCUGCACAAAAAAAUCUAUAAAUAAAAAUCUCACAUUCCAAAGUUACUUACUCAGUAGUAAAUGUCAUGUCAAGUACAUUACUCAAAUGCCAAAUCCUCCACACCCACAGAUGGCAUAUUUUGUAUUUAACACAUCUACAUAUAGAAAAUAAGAUAUUGCAGUUCAACAAUUAGGAGGGAUUUACUGACCAUCCCAGAACUAGCUUAGCCUUGGUAACUGCACGCAGCUCUCCAGAAGUCCCAACCUCAGCAGCACAGUGACACACCCUCCAACUCUGAACAAAACUAGUUGACUCCUGAAUGUACGUACACCUGUGGCCAACGUUUACAUUAAUUGUUGGCCACUUAGGGACAGUGCAACCAGUUGCAAAUACAACUUUGACAUAUUUCAUUUUAAAGGGUAAUUUUAACCAAGCCAAGCAACACAGAAUUUGAAAUUUAAAGUACCCAUAUUGUAUAAAAGCGGGAUAUCCAUGUCUUGUUUGAUACUGUUGCACUAUUAGUAUAGAACCUAGACCUGCUUUAUAAUGAAAGCACUCAGUGCACAGAGAAACACACACAGCCGUCAGGCCUACUGUAACCCACCUGGACCCACAGUCCAACCUCAAAGAAUUUGUUUUUCCUGAAAUCUGCUAUAUUUUGUGUUUGAUCACUUAGAAAACAGUCGGUCACCGUUGUUACUAGCUCCAGAGAGAAGUCUGAGAGAGGAAAUGUAAAACUACAUAGAGAUAUAUUUUCUUAUGGAUAUCAAAACACUGGAAAAAUUUAAAAUAUGGGAUCUUUAAAGACCUGGAGUUGCAUUACUAUUGACUACUGACCACACUGUCGCUCAAUCAUAUCCCAGACCAGUCUGUCCACUAUACACAGAUACAAAUCAGAUAUCAACCCUCCACCAAACUCCCAGUCAAGCAGCAUACAAGCAGACCCCCAAAUGUCAAAGUCACAAGGCGUUGACUGCUAUGACUGGGAACGGUCAUAUAAUUAUUGAAGUUCAAAUUGUAAUUCCUUAAACUAUUCAUUGCUGGAAAAAGGGGAUCAUAUUACUUUUACUUUUCACUAAGUAAUGUAUUACUGCACAACGCUGCUGAUAGUAGGGUAGGAACCAAAAAUCAGAGCUCACCAUAAACGUCAGACUUUCUCCGCUGGGGACCAUAGCUACGUAUAUACAAGUGAUGAAAUGAGAAUCCUGCUAUUAGUUUUCAAGAUAUUUUGCCUUGAAUCAAAGUCGCAAUGAAAGAGUUGGUGCAAGUUUUGUUUUUAGACUUUUGUUAAGCAAAACACCAAACAUUCUCUGUUUACAGCUUCAUUAAUAUGAGCUUUGUUGCUUUUCUCUGUUUGAUAUCAUUGUCCAUCAAAUAUCUCUAUACCACUCUAGACAUAAAGUGGUGGACUGACAGCACAUGUAUCAACCAGCAUCACCACCCGUAUAUACUGCUAGCAAAGUUUAAGAACUAAUACAUUUUAUUUAUCAUAUCUAUAUAUAUCUAUAUAUUUAGAGCUCCCUCCAUUCUUGUCACAGCAGAAUAUAACAUUUUAUACAACAGUUAGUACUGACCAAGUAAUUUGAUUGGACAAGACUCAUUCCAUGAGUGCUGAUAAAGAGUAUAACUGAAUUUGAAUUAUUUGAAUUAAAUGAUGUCUGGUUGUCAGAAGAGGAUGAAGGGAAGAAACCUGGAUACUUCAGCGCACACCUGAGGUAACGUCUAGACAAAGUAGCAAGCUAAUGUGUACUGCGCACAACAGGAAAAUGUUUAUGUGUUGCUUAGCAACAGUCCAGUACCAGUCCAGUUGUGGAACUAUUUGUGUUGGCGUAGCCAAAUAAA